UCUUCGUGAAUUUUGGGGAUUAUUCUAGUAUGUUCUAUGUUCACAGAGUUACUUUCAUCAUAACUUAAUGAUAAGAUGAACCUGUUUUUCUUCUGUUGGUUAUUGUUUCAAAUACGCUACGGAUGUAAUGGAAAAAAUGAAACAAAGAACAUCUCAGGUAUCACGGGAAGUUUAACUUCUCCCGGUUACCCUGGUAACUAUCCAAACAAUGUCAAUUACACCUGGAUUCUGAAUACUGGACACAAAAGCACAACCGUUAACUUUACGUUUGAUGUUUUUGAUCUUGAAGCAAACUGGUUCUUCUCCUGCAGUGAUUUCUUGGAGAUAACAGAAAUGGAUCCAUGUUGUUAUACCGCCAUGCGCAGAUGUGGUCAGCGCAACCCCUUUUCCCAAUUAGUGAGAGGUAGACUUAUAAGAAUCACAUUUGUCUCUGAUGGAAUUGACACAGCCAAAGGAUUUAGUCUAACAUGGAUAGCAACUUUGGUGUCAAAUCUAAACAGAACCUUGUCGUCAAUGACAAUAGGGACAGCAAUACAGGACAAAUUAGUUUCAGACUCCUAUGUGUUCAAUUCGAAAAAUAAAGAUCGGCCCGCGGCAGUUAUUACCAAGAAUCUGGCAAACAGCAAGAUGGCAACAGUAAUGAGUUCAGGAUAUGACAGCAAUAAUUUCACGUCUGCUGAUUUAUUUACGAUAUUUCCACAAGAAUUAAAUAAGAAUAUACAUUUCUAUUCCAAAUAAAUGAUGUAUUUAUAAAAUAAUCAGAAGUGAAAGAUUUCUUAAAUAUACAUUCGUAUAUUCUUUCAUGCAAAG